GUAAUUGCUUUUUUGAUUUGGUUAAAUCAAAGUUAGGCUUGGGUCUAAUUCAGUUGUUUGCUUGCACAAGUUGAAGUCGCUAGCUUUAUAAUGCUAGUGACCGAAAUAAAACUUGAGUUCAUGUUAAAAUGAUAUCAUAAUUUUCAUUAUGGUGAGAACGGAGAACUUAGACCUAUUUUUGAAAUUUAGAAAUUGAAUUACUUUUCUUUACCUUUUUGUGAUCAUGCACUAAGAAUUUGUUCAUUGUAUUAAUAUUAUGAGGUAAUAUUUAUACUUUCUAAGAUCCAUUUCUCAUGUUUGGAGAUUGCUUGAUUCAAUUAGAUGUGAUAGAAGUUGAUGUGUUUAUACCACCAAAACAUAAUUUUUCACAUAAUUUCUAAUCCCGCAGCAAUGUGAAGGCCAAACUUUCUAGUAAAACCUAAAAUUUAAAAUUUAAAUUCCUUCCAAUUUACUCCGACCUUUAGGCCAAAAAUCAGUUUUAACUAAAACUGGUAUUUGGCCAACAAAUUUAACACGAGAAACCGGGUUGGGUUAAAAAUUAGGAAAACUAAUGAAAAUAAUUUGAAAAUUUUGAGUUUUAAUGAUAAGGACAAAAUAAAGGGUAAAGUGAAUAGUACCAGAAUUGACUUUUUAGUUAUAAAUAUGAUUUUUUAUUAAAAUGAAUAAUAUCGUGAGUUUUUUUUUUUUUUUUUGUUAAAACUCUCUUAAAAAUUCUGACCCACUCUGCGCGUGGACCUGAGAAAGAGAGAAAUGUGCGCACUUUAACGCGCCAAAAGGAAGACAACGCGCCAAAAAGCAAGGGAAAAGGGGAUUUCCUGAGAGGACUGGGGCCCAGCCUGAUGGGGUUGUCGGCGACCAUGUGCAAUCCCACUUGCUUUAUUUCAAUCGGACGGCGUAGAUUAGUGGACCUUAUUGAGCUAAAGCAACCCUUUCUUUCCUGGGAACUUCCAAGCGUCACCCCCCCCUCCUUCCAGCUCAUUUUUCUAGUGAGAACCGAUAAAGGUGGUCGUUGCCCGGCAGUCUUGAGUUUGUUAAGGGGCCACACGAGACUCACAUUAGGCUGUCGGUCUUGUGCUUGUUGAUGGCUUCUUCUUCUUCAUCUGUUCCUGAUUGGAAAUACGAUGUCUUCUUGAAUUUUCGAGGGGAAGACACUCGCAGGACCUUCAUCGGCCAUCUCUACAAAGCUCUAGUUCAGAACUCAAUCAACACCUUCAUUGACGCUGAAGAGCUCAGAAAAGGCAACGGCCUUUCGCAGCUACUGACGGCUAUAAGCGACUCGAGGCUUUCAGUUGUAGUUUUUUCUCAAAACUACGCUUCUUCCACAUGGUGCUUGAAAGAACUCGUCCAAAUCCUGCAGUGCAUGGAUCAGAAGAAGCAGAUUGUGAUUCCCAUCUUCUACGAAGUAGACCCAUCUCAUGUUCGUAAAAUCAAGGGAAGUUUUGAGGAAGCAUUUUCUAAACAUGAAGAUGAUCCUAACGCCGACAUGGAAGAAGUGCAGCGGUGGAGGUCCGCUUUACAAAGAGCCCCCGAUUUAUGUGGCUGGGAUUCACAAAAUUACCAGGAUGAUGCCAAGCUUGUUGAGUUGAUUGUAGAUGAUAUUUUUAAGAAAUUGAUCAACAUCUUAUCAAGUGAAAAGAAUGGCUUGGUUGGAAUGGAUUCCCGCUUAAAGAAAAUGGAUUCACUAUUAUGUCCCGAGGUCGAUAACAUUGGCUUUGUUGGAAUAUGGGGUAUGGGCGGUAUAGGCAAAACCACCAUCGCUAGAGCUGUGUAUGAUAAAAUCAAUCAUCACUUCGAAGGUCGUUGCUUUCUUGAAAAUGUGAAGCAACGUUUUCCCUCAACUGAUGCAGGUGAAGCGCCACUAGAUAUGCAGGCAGAAAUUCUAUCUAGUAUCACAAAUAUGAAGGUGGGGAGUUCAGAGAUUUUGAAAAAUGGUUUUCAGAAGAUGAUUGAAAGAGUUGGUAGGAAAAAAGUUUUACUUGUUCUUGAUAAUGUGGAGAGUUCAUCCCAAAUUGAAGCCUUAAUUGGAAAUCAACCCUCCUUUGGUGGCGGAAGUCGGAUCAUUAUAACAACUAGAGAUAAACAGUCACUAAGUAGAAUUGGUGAUCAGAUAUAUGAGCCCGAGUUGUUAAAUGACAAUGACGCUGUCGAGCUGUUUAUGCAGUAUGCUUUCAGUACAAAGCAACCCACAGAAGAAUACAUUGAUCUGUCAGGCCAUUUCAUAAAAUAUGCUCAAGGCUUGCCUUUAGCACUUAAAGUCUUGGGAGCAUUUCUCGAUAACAAAAGUGUACUUGUGUGGAAAGAUGAGUUAAAGAAAAUAGCGAGAAACCCGCACCUGGGAAUUCAGAAAGUCCUUAGAACAAGCUUUGAUGGACUAGAUGGUUUACAGAAGGAAAUAUUUCUUGAUAUUGCAUGUUUCUUUAAACAAAUGAAGAAAGACUCUGCAAUACGGAUUAUGGAAGGUUGUGACUUGCAUCCCCAUACCGGAUUAGACGUCCUAGUUGGAAGAGCUCUUGUCACUAUCUCAUCUGACGAUGUACUUGAGAUGCAUGAUCUACUAGAGGAACUAGGUCACGAAAUCGUACGCCAGGAAUCUAUAAAAGAGCCUGGUGGGCGUAGUAGGUUGUGGAGCUAUGAAGAUGUGCAUCAUGUGUUAACUAAAAAAACGGCUACGGAAGCAGUUGAAAGCAUAAUUGUGCAUUGGCCACACUCAGACAAUGUGGUGGAAUUAGAUAUCGCUUUCUUUAAAAUGACAAAGCUAAGACUACUCAGAGUCCAUAGCCACAAUAUACAACCACUGACGAUGCUAGAUACUAGAUGGAAAUACAGGGAUCUAAAGUUUCUCUUUGAAAAAUUAAGUUAUCUGUUCUGGCACAAAUGUCCGCUAAAGUCUUUAUCGUUCAAUUUUAACCCAGAGAAUCUUGUUGACAUUGACAUGCAAUAUAGUUGGGUUAAACACCUCUGGAAAGGAACUAAGCCUCUUGGAAAGUUGAAAAUUAUCAAUUUAAAAGGCUCUCAUCGUCUUAAAAAAACACCGGACUUCGCUGAGGCAAAGAAUCUUGAGAAGCUAAUUCUUGGUGGAUGCACAAGUUUAUAUGAGGUUCACCCAUCCAUUUCUGCCCUUGAAAAACUUGUCCUCUUUGAUCUAAGUUGGUGCGGCAAACUCAAGUCCUUUUCAAGGAACAUUUGUAUGAAAUCUCUUGAAACCUUUGAUCUCUCUUUUUGCUCAAAACUUGAGAAGUUUCCAGAGAUUUCCGAAGUUAUGGAGAAGCUUUCAAAGCUUUAUUUGCAAGGGACUGCAAUAAAAGAACUGCCUCGAUCAAUUAACAAUCUUACGGGGCUUGUUACUUUGAAUCUUGAAUAUUGCAGAGAACUUGAGAUUCUUCCAAGCAGCAUUGUUCAACUCAAGUCCCUGCAACUUCUUAAUCUUUCUGGUUGUCCAAAGCUCAAGGCCCUUCCAGAAAAUAUCGGAAAUAUGGAAAGAUUAAGAGAGCUUCGCUUGGAUGAGACAUCUGUUAAAGGCCUUGCCCCAUCAAUUUCAUCUCUUCAAAACCUUGAGAUUUUGAGUCUAAAGCAAUGCAAGAAACUUCUUAGGCUUCCAAGGAGCAUUCAUAUGAGAUCUCUUCGAACCCUUAAUCUUUCCAGCUGCUCAAAGCUGUAUAAUUUUUCAAAAAUUCCUGAAGUUAUGAACCUAUUAGAGCUUAAUUUAGAUGAGACUGCAAUUUCAGAACUGCCCUCGUCCGUCAAAAAUUUUACGGGACUCGUUACCCUAAGCCUGAAGGAUUGCAGAAGAUUAAAGAUUCUUCCAGGCAGCUUUCAUAUGAGAUCUCUUCAAGCCCUGAAUGUUUCUGGCUGCUCAAAUCUGAAGAAUUUUCCAGAGUUUCUAAAAGUUACGGAGAACCUAACAGAGCUUCAUUUAGAUUGGAUGCUAGUUGCAGAAGUCUCUCCCGGCCGAGAAAAUUUGAAGUUUUCAGGGAUUGCAAUUGAAGAAUUGCCAUCCAUAAUUUAUAGUCUUACGGGGCUUGCUACCUUGACGCUACGGUAUAACAAAGACUUUGAGAGUCUUACAAGCAGCAUUUGUCAGCUCAAGUCCCUAAAGUAUCUCUCUCUUUCUGGUUGUACAGAGCUUAAGGUGUUUCCAGACAUAUUAGAAAAUAUGGAAAGAUUAGCCAGCCUUGAUUUGGAUAGCACAUCUAUCAGAGAGCUUCCUGCAUCAAUUGAACGGCUUCAGGGGCUAGUGUCGUUAAAUAUGAAAAACUGCAAAAGCCUGGUCUAUCUUCCGGACAGUAUCUGCAAUUUGUUAAGUCUCGAAUGGCUCACUCUCAAUGGGUGCUCAAAACUUUCGAAGUUGCCUGAAGAUUUACGGUAUUUGAAGCGCCUUGACAUAAAGGAAACUGGUUUAGAUGGUUACCGCCCAGAACAGCAAUUCAUCAAUUUGGGGGAUAUGGCUCAGUUUCGAAGCACUGAGCCUAAGCUUAAUGUCAUAGUCCCAAACAUGGAAAAUGAGGCGGUGGCUGAUGUGGAAGAGAGGCAGGAUAUUGCGGAGUCAAGCUAUGUGGAAGAGAUGCGGCGGCGGGUGGAAGAGAUGCGGGUGGAAAAGAUGCGGCGGCGGCGGCGGGUGGAAGAGAUGCGGCGGCGGCGGCGGGUGGAAGAGAUGCGGGUGGAAGAGCGGGUGGAAGAGAUGCGGGUGGAAGAGCGGGUGGAAGAGGUGGAAGAGAUGCGGCGGCGGGUGGAAGAGCGGGUGGAAGAGAUGCGGCGGCAGGUGGAAGAGGUGGGUGGAAGAGGUGGAAGAGAUGCGGGUGGAAGAGUGGGUGGAAGAGGUGGAAGAGAUGCGGCGGCGGGUGGAAGAGGUGGGUGGAAGAGGUGGAAGAGUGGGUGGAAGAGGUGGAAGAGUGGGUGGAAGAGAUGCGGCGGCGAGUGGAAGAGGUAGAAGAGAUGCGGGUGGAAGAGGUGGAAGAGUGGGUGGAAGAGAUGUGGGAGGUGGAGAUGCGGCAGGUGUGGGUGGAAGAGAUGCUGACGGAUGUGGGAAUGCCAACAAAUUUCUCAUCACAUUUUGACUGAUCCUGAGGAGUCAAGCUGUUUGGAAGAGAUGAUGCAGCGUCAUUUGGAAGAGAACAGGCAGCAAUGUUAAUGUUUGGAAGAGAUGAGGCAGCGACGUUUAGAGUUCCUUGAGGUAGAUGUAGCAUCUCUCUCUUUAAAAACGAUAAUUUCUCAGCACUUAGGCGUAUUUGGAUCAGUGUCAGAGCACUACACCUUUGAGUGAUAUGGUGGACUCAAGCUAAGGGGAAAGGAGGCAGUGGCAGCCUCAAGGAGAGGUGGGAGGAUAUGAGGUAUUUGUGGGUCACGGGGUAAUGGGGAUUGAGGUAUUUGGCACAUCAUCAAUGAUAUAGUAGUAAGACUAAAGGACCUGAGAGAGGGAAGAAAUGGUGAUUUUGUGUGGUAAGAGUUUGUGACUCUUUCAUGUUUUGAGUUGGUUUCUGCUUCUGAGAGCUCUUUUAUUUAGUUUUUUUUCUUUUUCGGGUAUUUCUUACUUCACCUGUAGUUGGUGCGUGGUCAGUAUUUACUUAUCUGUAUGUAUUGUAAAGUUGUUUUUUAUUUCUCUUCGAUCAGGUAAUGUAUUGUUAGUGAUUAAGUCUUGAAUUGGAAAUAGAUGGCUGAGAUUAAACUAGCUCAUAAGCUAGGAUUGUGCCAGCUGUCAUAGUAGCUGACUUUGUUUUAGAUAUACUCGUGCAAGACACGUGAGUAUGAGAAGCGUGUGAUGCAUGUGAAGUUUGUGACGGUUUCUUCUUGUAUUCUCUCUCAGCUUGCAUCCUCUUGUUCCGGGUCAUGGGGUGGUGAUCUAGGCAAUUAGAAGGGACUAAAGGGUGUGAUACCCAAAAAAAUGUUGUGAUAAUCAGUUACUUGAUGUUUCUAGUAAAUUUUAGGGAUGACGUUGAUUAAUUUUCAACUUCAAAGACUAAAGUGACGAACAACGUCACUUUCAAGGAC